AUGUGUGAACUUGCACGUAAUUCAGUUAUACAAAGUGGAUUUGAAAUGUCUAUUAAAAAACAUUGGCUAGGAAAGGAAUGGUUUAUGCCUGGAAGAAGAGGAAAUGAUAUUCACAAAACUAAUGUUCCCGAUAUAAGAAUGGACUUUCGUUAUGAAAAUUUACUUGAAGAACUUAAAUUGCUCUCAAAAUAUUCAAAAUCAUCAUCGCCAUUUGUCUGUAACACAAUUCAUCUUUCUUCGCCUCAACCAGGGGCGCGUCAAAAUUCCAUAUUGAUUUUAUCUGACAAUGAUCUUCAUAUUGUACCGGGGAUUUCAUUGAGAGUGUCUCAAAAGGGAAAACUUGAAACGGUGGAAGAUAAGGAUGAAGAGAGUGAUUAUUUUGGCUCGGCUCAAUGA